UUCGUAGUCUAUUUCCCGAGUUGUUCAUCAGCCACAUUGCGCGUUCCGCGUCAGACCCAUUCGUAGACGCGGUUCAGCCAGCAAAAGGCCGCAUUUCUUCCCAUUUGUUCCGUUUGUGCUACUAAUACCUGAAUCCCUACAUCCGUCGCACCUCGCGACUACACUACCACAUAAUAGAUUCCUUUAUUCCCCUGCCGAUCCGUCUAGCUUCCAUUUGACUCGGUCCGUCCGUGCAAACCGCUUUCAGCACUAAACUUCGCUACCGUACCGGAAGGCAUUUCGCCGCCAUCCCAGUCAAAUGGUAUUUAGUUCAUUCGUCAACGCGGCGUUGACAAUGCCCUCCGGUGUCGUCUUACAGCAUCGCCUUCGUUCCCUUCGUCCCAGACUAGUAACGGCCCCGACUAGACCUCUUAAAACAGUCCUCGUCUGCCUCCUGGUUCUGCUCUCGGUGGGAUCUCGAGCCACACUCGCUGAAGGAUCGUUCAUCGACGACGUCGUAGCGUUUUUCCAGCGGCUGAGCCCCUUCAGGGAAGCAAAUGCUCCGGAGACAGCCACACCUCCUGUACAGUCACCUCCCGUACAGUCACCUCCCGUACAGCCUCCAGUACAACCGCCUCCCGUGCAAUCGCCUCCCUUACAGUCACCUGCCCCUGCCUCUGCACCUGGACCUGAGCCUGGACUUAUAACGCGGUAUCCCACCGCAUGGAGUGAUACCGCGUAUUUGAAUACGUCAGCGGCAACAGGACCUAAGAGCAAACCGCCAGCGCCGACGCUAGAGCCGGCUUGGGAGCGGUUCGGAGUGUGCUCGGGCGGUAAGGGACCGUUCCGAGUGACGAUCACUCCAAGGCGAAUCGGAACCACGUGGAAGGGAUGGGGCACCUCGCUCGCAUGGCUGGGCAACUACAUAGGCGGGUUCCCCAAGGCGGCGAUGGACCCCCUUCUAGACCUCAUGUUCCUCCCCUCAGGCCUCGGCCUCAAUAUAGUGCGCUUCAAUAUAGGCGCCGGCUCCCUCCCGCAGUACAGCCCUCAGCUACACUCAGACGCCCUGCUUAGAUGGCGAGCCAUGCCAGGGUACUGGCCUGCACACACUGGGCAAUUCAAUUGGACGGCAGACUCAAGGCAGCAGGCGGUGCUGCUGGGAGCAAAGGCCCGGGGGGCGAAUGUGUUCGAGGCGUUUUCUAACAGCCCCCCCUGGUGGAUGACUCAAAGCAAGGACGUUGCUGGGGCAAAGAAGGCGUUUCAGACCAACUUGCAGAAGCGGUAUGAGGGGCGGUUUGCGAAGUAUUUGGUGGAUGUAGUGGAGAGGUUUAAAACGGAUCCGGCGUUGGGGAAUAUCGAGUUUGAUACACUGGAGCCGUUCAACGAGGCGUUAGAGGGGCAGUGGAUAAAGGGGAUGGGGCAGGAGGGGUGCAAUUUCAACGUGCCCGACAUGACCCGGAUAAUUUUCAAAACCCGGCAACUUCUGGAGAAAAGAAAACUGAAGACGAAGCUGGUGGGUGUGGACAGUUUUCCGGGCAUAACAGCUCUCUGGUUUCCACUGCUCCUGGGAAAAAGCUUCUUCCAUCGUAUAAACGUCCACGGUUACACGCUGCCGUUACAGAAUGUGGUAAACAUGACAGCCUCUGUCGCCGAGAAGACCUACUCCGCUCGUUACAUCGCUAUGAACGUCCUCGCGAAAUCGCUCGGGAAAAAUAUCUGGGUGUCGGAAUCUGGGCCGUUGAACAAGUUCGGGAGCAGCUACGAUCUCUCGCUCUACAUGAUGCGGAACGUGAUCGAAUCGGUGAAUCUUCUCGAGGUCUCCGCGUACGUCUACUGGCAAAUUUUUGACCCGAAUGAAGCAUGGACCGUGCUCGGACUGAAUUGGUACUAUCCGCCAGAUUAUACUGGUACAGUAGACCCUCCCACGAAGCUUAAACGGUUUUGGAUGUUUAAGCAGUUUACGGAUUUGGUGAGGCCUGGGAGUCGGCCUUUAUUGGUGCCGCGGCUUUGCCGGCACACUGUAGCUGCGUUCUACAGUAACCAGGGGCGAACGGUGAGUGUGUUUAUAGUGAAUCAACGGGUGAGGGAUAAGGUGGUGAACGUGGUAUUAUCAAGGUAUAACCUUAAUGUGGGGGGAACAACUCAGGCUCUUAUUAGGAGGACGACUUAUGGAGAGGAUAAUGCUGAGAGUACUGUAGAGAUUCAGGGUACCAGUAAACCCAAGGUUUCGGUGCUGGUUGAGGGCCAGACCUUCGUUUCAGUCACAUUUACUCAUGUACAGAGGACCAGAUGGCCGUUUUGAUGUAAUGUUUUGCAAUUUACCAUGAUUGACAUUGCAGCAGCUGGUAUGCUUGUCAAAGGUCGUUAUUGUAGACUAUACUGGAUUGUGCCUUAGAGGGUACAACACCCUAGUCUAUAUACCCUUGUACUCACACAUUCUAGUUC